AUGGUCGCCUUCCUUUCUUUCGUUAUCCCUUUUCUUCCCCUUGUAGCAAGUUUUGUGCACCCUGGCCUCCUCGUCUCCGAUAGCGAUAUCUCUCGCACCCAGAAAAAGAUCAAGGCCAACCAGGAUCCAUGGACUGCAUCUUGGAAUACCCUGACCAGUCUCACAUUCUCUGACGCCAGCUACACUCCUUCCCCAGUCAGCGUUGUCUAUCGGGGUACCUGGGAUGGCCAUGCCGCGAACGCAGAGCUCCUCUGGCAUGAUGUCGCGGCAGCAUUCAAUCUAGGCCUACGCUGGAAAAUAUCCCGAAACAAAAGCUUUGCCGAUGCUGCUAGCAAUAUCCUACACUCAUGGGCAACCACUCUCACUGAAAUUGGCGGUGGCGACGACAAGUACCUCACAGCCGGCCUGCAGGGGUACGAACUCGCCAACGCAGCCGAACUCCUUCGCGACUAUCAGCCCUUCGUGGACGAUGUUCUCCCUGCUAUUGUGGAAAUGGCCAAUAAUAUCUUUAUCCCCAUGCACUACAGAUGGCUGAAACAUGAAGAGCCGUCCGAGCAUAAUGUUCUUCAUUUCUUCGCGAACUGGGAAUUGUGCAAUGUCGCUUCGGCGAUGGCUAUGGGUGUCCUAACCGAAAACCAAACAGUGUGGGAUUUUGCCGUGGAUUACUUCAAGUCUGGGGAUGGAACGGGCGCGAUCAACAAUGCUAUCGUCAACAUCGUUGAAGAGCCUGGCACUGGGGCUUUACUUGGCCAAGGCCAAGAGUCCGGUCGUGAUCAGGGUCAUUCAGCAUUAGACAUACAACUUCUCGGUGUUAUCGGGCAGCAGGCCUGGAAUCAAGGAGAGGAUUUGUUUGCCUAUAAUGAUAGCCGGAUUCUCCGUGGGACGGAGUACUUCGCAAGAUACAACCUUGGAAAUGACGUUCCCUUUGUCGACUACACGAACGGCAUAGUCAGUCACACAGAGAUCAGUAGUGCCUCCCGUGGGGCCAUUAGACCUACCUGGGAGUUGCUCUACAACCAUUAUGUUAUGAUGAAGCGAGUAGACGCACCUUGGACGACUCUCUACCUCAACAACUCUCUUGAGUAUUACGGUGGUGCGGAGGGCGGUGCGGGUUCCUGGGGAGAAGGGUCUGGCCAUUACGAUGGCUUGGGCUGGGGAUCAUUGCUCUACCACAUGGAUGAGUCUGAUGUGGUAGCUGCAGUCUCCUCCAAAUCUGCUUCACCUACGACAAGUUCCACAACAAGGGUGUCUACUACAUUGCACUGGGCUUCUACCGCAACGACCACAGCUUCUAGCGUAUCUAGCCAAAGUGCGCUUGUUUCGCAAUCAACCACCACCGAUUUUGCUGCUGUCUCCACUGCUUCGGGUACCGAAACAUUUGCAUCAUCAAGUAUUACUCCUCCAUCAUCUAUGAGCAGUACAACUUCAGCCAGUACAUCGGAAACUUCGCCUCCUACACCACUUGAUAUGCCACAGGAAGCUCCUCGCCAUAUUCAUCAUACUCAUCACCAUCACCAUCACGCCCCCAGUCAUCGACUCACCUCCGAUCCUCACGAAUUCUUUGCCUAUUUAGAAUCGAACAUGGCACACCCCGCAUCUACUCAGAGACGAUGCCUUUCUACGGUCGCCCCAGUAAAGCUUGCUGCAGUUUGUGAUCGGCUUGAGCCCGUGUGUUCCCAAUGCAGGAGAGCGGGCAAGCCAUGUGGCGGUUAUCGGGACGUGCCGUCUUUUAUGUUCCGUGACGAGAAUGGCAGGGCAGCUCGACGAAGUGCAGAAGCAAAAGCGAAGACUGAGGCCCGUCGAAAAUUGGAGGAUAGUGCAACUCUAGAAUCUGAUAUAUCCACCCCCGGCUCGGGAGCAGAUCAUUCACCGUCAGAUGCACUAGUGUGCAGGAGCAGGGGCCAACAGAUCAUGACUCCGAGAAUUAUUGCCCCGCUAUCUAUCCCAUUGGAGGAUCAGGGGUUGAGGUUCUUUGUUAACAGUUUUGUGACACGGAUGGCCAGCAGAACAGGUCGCUCUCUACAUGCAGAUACUAUGCAGCCGUCUCCUCAUCUUGGAGCAGUUGCUCUCGAUCAGUCGAGUCGAGAUGCUCUCGUCUCGGUUGGCCUUGCUGCCUUGUCCAAUGUCAAUAAUGACAGAGAACUGCGGAUAUUGUCUCGAGAGAAGCAUGCCAUGGUCAUAAAGGCCGUACGAGAAAUAGUGGAGAACCCCACCCAGGCCAAUCCCGACAGAACGUUUCACUUGAUCAUAAUGCUGAGUUUAUACGAGAUGGUCAGCUGUACCCCAAGCCAGCUUGAUUCUUGGAUAGUACAUCUGGAUGGUGCGGCUGCCUUACUUAAACAAUCCACCUUUCGUCUAUCGCUCAAGAACUUGGACCACCGAGCCCACUUACAAUUCUACUUUGUUUCAAUUGCCAGAUAUUUCUCCAAGAGGGUUGUCUCCCCAGAUCUACUGAACUGGUCUCCUGAUCUCGUACCAUCUGCGCCACCGGAGAUCUUACCGGGCAUCGAUCUGGUUGACAUACUCGUAAGAUUUACGAAGUUCGAUGCAUAUGUGCAUCACCGAAAGCCGGACGCCAGAGCAGUAGUGGACUCAGCACUACUAUUUGAAGAUGAACUCCGCGGGUGGGAAGCCCACCUUCCAGUUGACUGGCAAUUUACUGUGAAAGAAUCCAUAUCAUGCGAGUACACCUUCCAUGGCCAGUAUCAUGUCUACAAGGACAUGUGGGUUGCAAGGAUUUUCAACCACUACCGCUGGGCACGACUGCUGGUCAACGAGACCAUCGUAUCCCAAAUUUCGAAAAUGACACGGCCCACAGCAAACGAUGCGAUUCAACGGCAGCGAGCAUUGCACACGAUUACUUGCAUGGCAAUUGAGAUAUGCACCGGAGCUGCAAGUCAUGAAGCUAUCUCCGGGCAGGGAGUUGCCGAAGACCCAUCACAUAUACCCCUGUUGAAUGGUACCUUCAUGUUGCUUUUCCAAUUAGGAAUUGCCGGAGGCGCGGCAGGGACCCCUGAUGAGGUUCAUGAUUGGGUUGUUGGAGCCUUUGAGCGAAUAGGAUGUACGAUGGGGAUCCGGCGAGCUUUCGAAAUGAUACCCCAACUGAAGAAAUCAGUCGGGAAAUGGAAACUAGAUCAGAAGCUGUGGAAUAGCGUACAUGGGUAUAAAUAG